GAGGUGCUUUGCAGCCACAUUUGAGAGAGGAGGAAGAAGUUAAGGAAAGUGAGAUGGCACGCACCAAAGAAGGACAAAUGACAGAGCGGCCCAUAACGUCGAUUUCCACGAAAGAGAGUCCCCAACGCAAGCGCCACGGCCUCGUUCACGCUCUUCAAUUCUCUCUUCUGUCUCUUAUCUGCGGGUUCCUCUCGUCUUUCUGGAAAUCAUCGUCCAAUCUUCGGCAAAGAUCCAACUCGCCGGACUGGCUUCAAAUCAUAAAUUCAGGGUCGAUAUUCAUUUCACUGCCCGUUUAACGGGCAAAAAGAGGAGACCAUGGACGCCGAAGCUUCAUCGUUCGAGACCAGCGAGAUCUUGGGGACAUUCCUGACUUCGACCCCACUGCUGAAGGAGGCGUGGAGGCUGUGCAGCACUGCGAACGCGACGGGGUGUGGUGCCUUCGUGGUGGAGCAAGUCGGGGGCGUGGGGUACGUGGCAUUCUCGGGCGUCCAAGAGCUGCCGGUGCUUGGUUGGGAUCCGAACUACGGUAUGCUGGUGUCGCUGGAUGCGGCCGGCCACGGGCUGUUCCCGCCGUUGAAGUACCGUUACGAUGGCGAGGAGCCGGUCAUGGUCCACUCCGGAGUGCUUCGCCUCUUCCUUCACCAUCAUUCGCGCCCAGAUUUUCAAGACCAGGAAAUCUUAUAUAUGCAUGUAGAUUCGUAGCUUGCUGGCUGAAACCAAGUCAAUAGUGAUCACAGGCCAUUCCAUAGGAGGAUCAAUCGCAUACCUCACAGUUCUUUGGCUCCUCUCCUUUCUCAAAUCUAUCUUCCCACCCCACUCGGUCCUAUGCAUUGGUUUUGGUUCUCCUUUCCUUGGCAACGAGUCGCUUUCUCUGGCCAUCCUCCGCGAAAGAUGGGCUGGCAACUUUUGCAAUGUCAUGUCGGUACAUGAUAUAAUGCCGAGGUUAUCUCUUGACCAAUCACUUGUUCCGACUCCCCAGUGGCAGGCUCUCAUAAGAUUUUGGUACACGUCUAUGAUGUCACCAAACUUUAUGAAUCUCUCUAACCUUCAAUUAACUAAAGAAGAGAAGGCUUGGUUAUUUUCCUUGGCUGCGGCGGCCAUGGAGCGCUUGGCACAGGCAGGGGAAGGCUCAGGAGGGAGGUCAUUUUGGUCGUCCUGGGAAUUACUUGUUUUGUUCGGAUGAGGGUGCGAUUUGUUUGGACAACGCUGUAUCGGUCAACAAGAUGAUGCAUUUUAUGCUAUGGACAGGUUCUCCAAAUUAUAUAAUUGAGGAGCACCUUAAGUAUGGGUGGUAUAUUGAAAGACUGACUUGUCAGUCUUUGAAGAGAAGCUUCAUGGAAGGAGAUCUCCCUGAAUCAAGCUAUGAAGCAAGUCUUUCAAUGACUUUGAACUCCUUGGGGACUCAUCGACAGGUAUGUAUUGCACCAAUGGCAAAAGAUUGCUUGACUUUAGGGAGGCGAAUGGGGCGUGCGCCAAACCUAAAUGCGGCUAAUUUAGCCAUUAAGCUAUCCAAAAUUACUCCUUAUAGGGCGGAGAUAGAGUGGUAUAAAGCUUGUUGCGAUAAGUCAAACGAGCAAAUAGGAUACUAUGAUUCUUUCAAGCAGAGGCAGGCCUCAAGGAGAGAGUCCAAGAUAAACAUGAACCGGUUCAAGCUCGCGGCCUUUUGGGAUGAUGUCGUACACAUGUUGGACGGGAAAGAACUCCCACACGAUUUGCAUAGAAGGUCAAAAUGGGUGAAUGCGUCGCACUCCUACAAGCUUCUUGUGGAGCCAUUGGACAUUGCUGAGUAUUAUCGAUUGGGAUGCACUUGAAGAAAGGCCACUACAUAGGCAAUGGAAGAGAGAGGAGGUAUGAAAUUUUUGACCGGUGGUGGACUGAGAGAGUUGUCAUCGAGAAACUAGGCAAUAGGAGGACUAGGUAUGCAAGCUUAACCCAAGACACUUGCUUUUGGGCAAGGGUGGAGGAAGCAAAGGAGUGGCUGGACAACAUUAGGAGAGAGAGUGACACAAGAAACUUGGUUUUUCUUUGGGAUAGACUCAAUGAGUUUGAAACUUAUGCAAUGAAGCUAGUUGACGAUAAAGAGGUGUCAAUUGAUGUAGUGGCUAAAAAUUCGAGCUUUAGUAUGUGGUUAAAAGAAUGGAGAG